GUCACGGCGACAUACCUGGUAUACCACCGACAUGCCUACCCAGCACCUCGUCUGCUGCCGGGUGGCCCGACGGACUUCACCACAUUCCACUUCUUGAUCGCUUCUUGCUGAAUAUCAUCUUGGAUAGAUUAAAAAGGUAGAGGAAAUGCGCUACCCGACAAUACCGGACUCCCUACAGACAGACUAAAGGAGCAAAGAACCUGAUACGGUCCAGCACGACGCAGCAAAACGAUAGUAGAUACCCACCCCUCCUUCCCGGACAUGCCUACUUCCCUCCGGGUACUGUUAAGGAAUGGCAGCGAUUCUGACCAAGUCUACGCCUACAUCACCGGGAUCGCCCUCCAGCAUGGUGGGCGGCGCUGCAUCCUGAAAGCUGACGGGCAAGGGCUGUACUUCCCCGAGAACCCGCGCGCCAUCUGCUCACCGCUGACCGAGGACUGCGCCAUCCUCCUCGGCCCCCCCGGCAAUGCGGUCGAGACCACGAUACCGCAACUGGCCGGCGGCCGCAUAUGGUUCUCGCGCGGCAAAAAGCUGACCUUCCUGCUGAACCCGGGCCCUGCCCUGGUCGAGCCGAGCGUGCUGAACCGCUCCGACCCGAACGCCAACGUCGACUUCGGCUUCUGCGAGUUCACCCUCGACAACGCCCAGCUCUACGCUAACAUCAGCUACGUCGACUUCGUGCCUCGCCUGCCCAUCGCCAUCUCGCUGCGCCGGGCGAGCGGCGCCGUCCAGACCGUCGGCGGCAUGGACCCGUCCGGCAUGGAGCGCAUCGCGCAGGGACUCUACGAGCAGGCGCAGAAGGACGGCCGCCGGUGGGACAAGCUGGUGGUGAAACGCAACGGCGAGAUCCUCCGAGUCCUGAGCCCGAUGCACGGCCAGGGCGUCGGCGCCAGCUUCAGGGGCUACUACGAGCCGUACGUGGACAAGGUGUGGGAGCACUACCUGGAGCGGCAGCGGCGGCCGCCAGGCUACCGGGGCAAGCCGCUGGUCAUCGACACGCAGAGCGCGCCGGGGAAGCUGGCGGCCGAGUUUGGGGAGGACGGCACGGUGCGGAUCGGCGGCGAGCUGUUCGGCAAGCCGAGCACGGCCGACAUCCUCGGGUGCAACAGCGGGCCGUUCGCAACGGGCCCGUCGCCGACGCGCAACGCCAUCAUCCCACGGCUAGCCGCCGCAUUCGCGCGGACGGCGCUGCUGCUUUCGGACGACCAGCCCUCGGUGCCGUCGACCUUCUACGAGCAAGACCCCACGAACCACUACGCGCGCCUCGUGCACAUGCACAACGCCGAAUCCAAGGGGUACGCUUUCGCCUACGACGACGUCCAGCGGAACGAUUCCCUCGACAUGUCCGGAAAGGUCAACGCCGGCGACCCGGUCCUCUUUACCGUGACGGUAGGUGGUACGCCAGCGGGGUAGAAUCCUGUGUACUCUCUGGCUAGAACCUUUGGAGACGCUAUGCCGGGUCGGCGCUGGGCUUUUCUAUAUUCAUUGGCAUCUUGAUUGAUCUAACACGAAACUAUUAACAAGGGCGGUUAUUUAUAUUGGUCAGGUAUUUCGAAAAUAUGAGCGGUAUACCGGAGUUUUCUCCUUGCCAGAAACGGAACCUUGUACACGCACUUAAAAUAGUUGGGCUACCGUGAUACUAGCGUUCAAAUUGGAGUUUCCACGAAUUCAAGUAUAACUACGGCUAGAAAU